GGGGAGUCCUCCUUUUCGUUGAAUAAUCAUUUCCUGGUAACCCUCAAUGAUCAAAUACCGAACGCCGAUGCUCUUAUAAAUCAACUAUCAAGGGAUGGGAUAUAAGAGUGCAGACCAGGUAUAGUGGUUUAACUUACUUUGCACCAAACAUAAUUUUUACUCAAUCAUUUGCAAUCAUGAGCGCUCGUACUGCUGUCGUUCUUGUUGAUCCGCUCAAUGACUUCCUCCACCCCGAUGGAAAGAUCUAUCCUCUCAUCAAGGCUAGCUUGGAGUCGUCCAACUCUCUCGAACAUAUCAAGGAGCUGGUUGCCGGCGCAAGAGAAGCCCGCAUUCCUAUCUUCUAUGGUCUCCACCAAAUCACCAAGGAUGGAACUUACUCAGGCUGGAACCACAUGAAUGCGUCGCAGAUUCGAAUCAAACAGGAUACGGUCUUUUCUGAAGAGUUUGGUGGCCAGAUUCUGAAAGAACUGGAACCUCAGCCUAGCAAUGGCGAUGUAGUUGUCUCUCGACACUGGAACAGCAGUUCCUUUGCGAACACCGACCUGGAGUAUCAACUUCGGCAGCAUGACAUUACUCAUAUUGUGUUGGCAGGCUUAACCACCAACACAUGCGUGGAGUCUACUGCGCGUGCUGCUCGUGAAAUUGGCUUCCAUGUUACUUUGAUUACCGAUGCAACUGCGGCAUUGUCGAUUGAGUUAGAAAAGGCAGCAGUCAAUCUGGUUUGGCCCGUGAUCGCAGACCAGCUUAUGACUGUCAACCAGUGGGUAUCUUCCUUCUCAAAGGGGCGUAUUUGAG